UAUUGACCUCACAGCAGAUGCAACUACUAGUAAUGCCAGUGUCAAUAGUACAGACUCGAAGCAACAAGAAGAUGACAGCAGCUUCUCACUGAUAACCUGGAACGUUGAUGGACUGGAUCUAGGAAGUCUAAAAGAACGAGCUAGAGGAGUCUAUUCUUACCUGACAUUAUACAGUCCAGAUGUCGUGUUUUUACAAGAGGUUGUCCCACCAUAUCUCUGUCUUCUACAGAUGAGGGCAGGCAGUUACACUAUUAUUCCAGGUAACAUAGAUGGCUAUUUCACUGUCAUAAUGUUGAAGAAAUCAAGAGUGAAGCUACUGAAACACGAGAUAAUACCUUUUCCAACAACUGCCAUGAUGAGGAACCUUUUGGUUGUGCAUGUGAGCAUAUCUGGUAAUGAACUUUGCCUUAUGACCUCUCAUCUGGAGAGCACUAAAAAUCACUCUAAGGAGCGUAUGAAGCAACUGCAAAUAGCGUUAAACAAAAUGCAACAGGAGUCUGAGUCCACUACUGUUAUAUUUGGAGGGGAUACAAACCUCAGGGACAAUGAGGUUACUAAACUAGGUAACUUACCUAACAACAUUAUGGAUAUCUGGGAGUUUUUGGGUAAACCUCAACACUGCCGCUAUACUUGGGACACCCACUCCAAUACCAACCUGGAUGCAGCGUACAAGUGCAAGAUGAGGUUCGACCGCAUUUACUUUCGUCCUGCAGCCGAAGGGGGAAAUAUUAUUCCACGAAGUAUGGACUUAAUCGGAUUGGAAAAACUGGACUGUGGCAGAUUCCCUAGUGAUCACUGGGGUCUUCUGUGUAACUUUGAUGUGAUAUUAUAAAAAAGAAAAA